GUGCCUAACUGCAUAAUUUAUUCUUCGUACAUUAAAUACGUGAAAAAGUUUUUUGACAGUUGUGUUACUUUUUAAAAGGUUACGGGGAUUCGUAUUUUAGUUUCGUCUAAUAAAAAGUUUUUGGGAACUGUUUUUAGAAGUAAAGUUUGUUGUGGACGGAUUUUUCACAUUUGGACUGGUUGGAUGAGUCGUUGGGCGUGGCGGCGUGGCUGAGCGCGAUGGAAGUCAGCUAUCUCGUUCUCGCCGCGCUGCUCAUUGCGGCGCGAGCGCAGAACACUAGAAAUGACGGUCCUCGGUUCCUGUCACGCGGGCACUCCUUCCGGACUGUGGUGGGAGACACGUUAUUACUACCCUGCCAAGUGCAAAAUCUAGGUUCCUUGGUGCUGCUCUGGCGAAGGGGUCCAGCUGUCCUCACAGCGGCCAGCCUCAUGGUCACCCGAGACGAGAGAUUCCGACUCGUCGACGGCUACAACCUACAGAUUACUGAUGUGGGACCGCAGGACGCCGGUGACUACGUGUGCCAGAUAUCCGACCGCGUGGCCCGGGAUCAAGUCCACACGGUGGAGGUGCUGGUGCCGCCGAGCGUGCGCCCCGCGCCCGAGUCGCGGCACGCGGCGGCGCGGCGCGGCGGCGCGGCCGUGCUCGAGUGCCGCGCCGCCGGCAACCCCGUGCCCCAGGUCACGUGGCACAAGCUGCCCCUUACAGCGCAGAACGCGACAGGCCGCCUCGGCGAGGGCCCUCAGCUGCAACUCGCCCGGCUUGAACGCAGGCAUUCCGGCCGAUACGCCUGCACGGUCGAUAACGGCGUCGGGCCGCCCAUCGUCACUGAGUUCCAACUCCAAGUGCUGUAUCCUCCAGAGAUCACCGUCGAGAGAUCUUGGGUACACACAGGAGAAGGGUUCAGAGCUGAGUUGCUGUGCACCGUAUUGGCUGACCCUCCAGCAGAGGUAUCCUGGUACCAAAACUCGUUUCCGCUGAGCGCGUCAGAACGAGUAACAAUGGCGGCGCGAGGCAACAACCAUACAUUGCUCAUUGCUAACGUGCAACCUGAGGAUUUUGGCAACUACAGUUGCGUGGCCGACAACAGCCUGGGCCGAGCUCGGCAGCACGUCGAAGUCUCGGGUCGUCCCGGCCCCGCUCGCUUCACGUCCCCCCCGCUAGCUCGCGCUCCACGCGUGUACACGCUCAGUUUUAGCGUGGACAGCUACCCUCCGUUGGAUGAACUUAGACUACUAUACCGACAGCUCGCGAUAAACGAGUCCUUCCAACAGCCUGGGCGUUGGCACGACGUGGUUCUGCCGGCGCCAGCGCCAGCAGGCUCGCUCACACACCACGUGUCUCACGAGCUGAAGGCGCUCCAACCUGCCGCUGUCUACGAAGCCAUUGUGCAGGCUAAGAACAGAUAUGGAUGGAACGAGGUUAGCGACAUAUUCCAAUUCCACACACUAGGGGGACCUCACACGGCGCAUGCAGAUGAACUCACACCCAUGUACUCAUCAGCCCACCUCAGCAAACUCAACAAACACAUGGCGUGGCUCCUCCCCUUAUUCUACACUCUAAGCUGCGCCUGAUCAGCCAGCCCUGCGAUUGGCUGACGCCGGCCAAUCAGCGUCGAGCGUUGACCGUUCGAUUUUUGAAUUUUGUAACCGUUAUUCGGGGUUAGUGAUAGUCCUUUUGUUUUCUAAGGCAUGUAUAAGUAACAAAAAUAUUAUUUGUAAUAUAAAAACGCCUUAAGCAAUUUGUCAAGGACAAAAAUUUAAAUUAAUGUGUCCUAUUUUGUAGAGAUUACGUGACAUCAAUAUUAUACAAAUAAUUUUAUAGUAAAGUUUAAACUAUUCGAUGUCAACUUUUUUGUCGCUGCUUUGUGACUUAGGCCUAUUAAUUUGAUCAGUGCCUAUAAACAGUUUCCUUACAAAUUGCUUCACUAAAAAGUUAAGUAAGUAUUUAGAAAUUAUAAUUUACAGUUUAAAAAACAAUUACAUGUCCGAUGCGAUUUAAAAGGUCGAAAAAGGUUGUCACUAAUUAACAACAUGGAUAUUAAGGUUGUCACCAAAACAGAGUGAAAGAUUUUUUUUUUGAGGAAAUGGCCAGUAUUUAAUAUUUUAUAAUUACACGAAUUUGCAAUAAAUACGUUACGUUCCUAGUAUUUCGCACAAAAAAUGGCACAAGCCGUUACCUUAGGUUAUGCGAUAUUUUUAUUUAACAUAAUUAAUAAUGGCGUUACAAAUUAUGCGAAACAAACCCCACUUACUUUGUAAGACAGUUUAAAACACGUGGGAAAUAUAAUCCCUGCUAUCUUACAACUUGGCAAAAAAAGAAGUAGAAAUUAAAAAAUGGCAACAUUGUAGUGUCUUCCCGUUUUUUCAGACAUGGCCGCCAACAGACAGUCUUAAAAUUCAUAAUGUGAAAAAAUAAUAAUCUUAUAAAAAUCAGAUCGAGUGCACGGAGCUCCAUACAGUUUCGCGACUGUCCACACAGUCUUGUUUUUUUAAGAUUAUGAAUUUUCAGAUUCAUCUGACAGAUUGGAUACAACUCUUUUUUUUAGAUUAUGAAUUUUACUGUCUGUUGGCGGCCAUUAUAUUGAUUGAAAGGGACGACACUUCAAUGUUGCCACUUUUAAUUUUUUCCUCAUCUAUCACACAAAAGAAAAAGAUUAUCAAAGAUAAAUGAAUAAGUUUAUCAAACUAAAGUAAUGAAGACUUUGGUACCUAAUUUUAAUAUUAUUUGCGCUUAAGACGACUGAUUUUUUUAAAAAUAAUUUUAUUAAUAAUAAUAUUUUUGUGAAGUUUUAGGAACUGCUUAGGAUAAAAUGUAAAUAUUUUAAUACUUGUGAAGAUUAACCGUCGAUAUAUCUUAAUAAGUUUUAAUUCUUUAAUUUCAAACCGAAUAAACAGAGUAAAGCUGGGGACCGAUUUUUGAGUCUCACGCGUUCGAAUUCAGAAAAUUGUCACUGAAAAUAAUAGGCAAUUCACCGUUUUCAACCGGUAUUUUAGUGACAGUGAGACUCAAAAAUCG